AUGUGUCAUCAGGCGUUUCAAUUGCAUACCACCAAGAGCUCCAGCGGUAAAGCAACGUCGAAUGCAUUUCCAUCUUCUUCCAGGGAACCACAAGAGAAUAAUAACCAGAAGACGUCUAAAACAUAUGUCUUGUUGUCUCUAAUUACAGAUUAUGUCACAGGAGACAUCAGUACGUCAUUAGCAUUAAAUAAGCUGAACUCUGGCGGUACAUUCUUUGCCGGGCCAUAUCUGGACGGAAGCGGAGUUAGCAACGUUACCACACAGAUAGGAACACAUGCAUAUCUUCCGUGCAAGGUGAAACAGCUGGGGAACAAGUCAGUGUCAUGGGUGCGAGUGAGAGACGACCACAUCCUUACCGUCGACAGAAUGACAUUUAUAGCCGACGAACGUUUUCAAUCAUUCUAUGUAGAGAACAGCGGCGUAUGGACGCUGCAGAUCAAAUACGUGCAGGCACGUGAUGCCGGAAUAUACGAGUGCCAGGUGUCGACAGAGCCGAAAAUAAGUGCUAGAGUACAUCUGCACGUUGUUGUGCCAAGAACUGAGCUUAUUGGAGAUUCCGACCGAUACGUGAAGGCGGGUAGUGCCGUCAUACUGCGCUGUGUCGUCCGCGGUGCUCUGGAGCCGCCAUCCUAUAUCAUUUGGUAUCACGGUACCCAACAGAUUUUCACUGAGAAUCGACGAGGUUGGAAAACGCAGCUGGAUCGUGGCGCACCGGACCUGGACGGUGACAUCCACAGCACUAUUGGCUCACUGAUCAUUGAAUCGACAAGGAAAAAAGACUCCGGGAACUACUCGUGCAGCCCAUCGAACAGUCCACCGAUUACUGUCUCGCUGCAUGUCAUAAAUGGCGAAUCCUCUGCUUCAGCUGUAACGUCGUCUGCCGGGUCGCUUUUCGAUGACAGUAUAUCAAUGGUUAAGCAGAGGAACAUCUAUAUUUUACUGCAGCAUAGGUCAUUUGUUAUGUUACUCGUUUUGGUUAUCUACGUUCAGCUCAGCUGUCGCAUGUACUAG